AAAUUUUGUUUCCAUGGAUACGGAAAGUGAGUGUGACGAUGAUCGUCUGCGUUUCACAGCUUGCGAUGGUGACCACCAGGGGCGUGCAGCUGGCGAUGUUGUUCAUGGCGGGAGUCGAGAACGCUAUGUUCGCAAACGACGCGUGUGGCGCCCCCGUCCCGGCUCCACACUGUUUCCCCUGGCUGUUCUUCGACGGGAAACUGUUCCACAGCAAGCUGCUGAAAGCCAGCAACGAUAGCAAGACGCUGCUAGAACUUUGUGACGGUCAGGUGGAGCAGGUCGCGACGGUUGAGCGCAUGCGGCAGGCCGUCCUGCAGGGCUUGAAGUUUGACGAUGUGUUCGCGAGACCGCAGCUUCCGUGCGCGUUCGAGCAGCCGGCCGGAAUCUACCCGAACCCGCCUCCCUUCCCGCUUCACUUCCUCGUUGGCGAGCCGAUCGGACCGAUCCCGCCACCGGGACACCCCGGCGUCGGACGCGGCAUGCCCCCGCCGCCGGUGGCGUCACCUAGGAACGGAGGCAUCGCGGGGAGGGCGCCGCCGGGAUACGGACAGUACAACAGUAAGCGAGGGCUGCUGACGCGGGGAGGCAAGCUGGAGAUUGCGGGGAUGACGGUGGCGCACUGGGGAGCGAACAUGGGCGGAGGAGGAGGAGGAGGCGGAGGAGGAGGAGGUCUGGGUCGCGGCCUUCACCACGCGCCGCUCCACGACAUGCAGGUCACCUCCGUCGGUGGAGGGUUCCGCGGAUCGUACCGGGGUGUCGUGUCGACGCGGGCGAGGGGAGGACGCGCUGCAGCCACCGGCAGGGGAGGAAUGCAGGUCAAGGGAGGCAAGGCCACGAGAGGAGGAGGCGCGGCGGGGAAGAAGGUCGUCAAGGUCGUCGCGGUGAAGGACGCUGCCAAGGGCAAAGGUCGCGGUGCCACGAUAGACACCAGUGACGCCGGCACGGUGGAGGUGAGCGAUCUGCUGAGCGGAGAGAACGGAGUCAAGGAGGAGCCGACGACGGAGAAGGAAGCCCUGCCGGAGGAGGGGAAGGAGGCGGCAGUGGAGGAGGAGGAGGGAGAGGUCGCCGCCGUGGAAGAGGAAGACCCUUCUUCCGACCAGUUCGAAGACGUUCCCGAGGAGGUCGCGAAGGUGGCGCUGACGGUCGACGCGGUCGUGCCUGCAGAGGGCGCUGUCAGCGAGGAGUAGACGCGGCGCGAGUGUUCUCCGGGAGCGUGAGGGUUCGCGCGAGACGUUCGCUUGUUAGUGCCGGCGGCACGACUGAGUGGAGAGUUUGUGAAUCGUGGGACGUCUCGCCUUUGAAGAUGGCGGCGCGUGACAUCCCCGCGGGUCGCAAACAAGCGAACGUGUCGUCGCGCUCCGACGCCGCGCCGGGGUCGCGUUUUGUACAUUGCAUAGAUUGAUUUAUUUUUCUAUUAUUAUUAUUAUAAUCCCUUUGAAGAAGCUGCGAAACCAACUGUUGACUACCGUCGUUGUUGUUGUUGGUGGAGUGUGUCAGUCACAUACGUUGGACAGCAGAAAGACAUAAACGGACGGACAGACAGACAGACAGACCGACGAACAGACAGACAGACGUAAAACAGUAACACACUCACAGGUGUUCCUCCACUUGUCGUCGUCGUGGCGACGCACGCUGCGAAUUGUUUCCGGGUGGGGGAGGGGGGGUGGGUCCGCGAAAAGUGCUGCACCCUGCUGGAGGUCUGCGGCGGCCGUCAAUGCGUCGCCGUGCCGACCUAUUGGCCAGUAGGGGGCGCACCGAGUUCAAUAGUAAAUUUCAAAUGUGGAGCGGGGGUGGGGGGGGGGCAACUCGCCACUUGGCUAGUUGUAUUUGUAUCUUGAUUCAAAAGCGAGAUGCGUGCGUAGAAAACGCAUCGAAAACACAACGUGAGAGAAUAGGUGGAAAGCAAGCAGAUAGAUGUUAGAUACACUCGCAUUUCGAUUUUAAACGUAGCACAGUGUUGAACAAUGAGAUACGCGGCAACAACAGAAAUACUCUACGACAGAAGUAGUUGUGCGUACGCGUACAUAGAAACGUAACCCGUACGUUGAUUGAGAACAUGCACUGAUAACGAGCGACUGAAGAGAAUCGGGGGUUUUUUCCCCCACUCGGUAUUACAAAAAAAUGCGCAAGAAGCGAGGAAAACGCGGCAUGGCAUUACCGAAGCACACUUAUCGAGUCGUUAGCGACUCGUUAUAACGAGAUGCGCUUCAGCAUUGUCUGAAGUCGCCACGGUGAUCGCAGGGGGUCCUUUUGUCGGUACUCCCGAAAACAUCACAAACACGUUUGAACACUACUCUACACCAGUGAUGCAAACUUGCAGACAGUGGAAGAGUGGGGCGCGGUGGGAGCUCAGGGGUCGCCCUCGCUUGCGGCAGGGGCGUCGUCCUGCCUCCGCGUUCCUUCCGUAAACACCAUUGUGUCCCCCGGUAACGCGGGAUUUUGAUCAUGAAGUUACGUCGAAAAAAAUGAAAAGACAACGUUGUCGUCGGCGACGUUGGUAGCGGGGUUUUUCGCGACCCACUUAGUCUUGCUGCAGCGUUGUCCGGCCGUCGCGCCGGGCAUGGUUAAAACUACACACGGUUGGUGUAAACUAGGAAUUCUGACUAUCUCUGCUCAGUAAAAGAUCCCUUUUCUAAAUUACCCGCUUUUGUGCUUGACCCUGUCGUUUCCUGAGGCGGGCAGGAAUUCAGAAUAGGUGGGAGAAUGAAGCUCGAAUUUAGAGCCACGGAACAAAAAACCACGCUUGCAAAUAUCUAGCGUUUCUGAAGUGAAUUGAUCCAACAGGGUAAAUGUAUUUUUGAAAGUAUAAUGUGAAUAAGUUCCAAACACAUGUAAACAGUUUGUAUUAGUUAAAAUAAUUGUGUUGCCAGAAUAUGUUAUUUGACGAACACCGAUCGGAGCGGGAAACGUCUCGUCCCUAACGAGUAAUUAUCAUUACGCAUCUAAUUAUAAUGUAAUUAACAUUACCUGCCCGUGUUAUUGAUUAUGUCAUGAACGAGUGUUUCGCGGUUGUUCGUCGUUGGUUAGACACAUUGAGUGCAACUAUUAUAAGGUACUAUUCGAGGCGUGGUGUAAAUCGCGACCCAGCGUUUUGCGAUGCGACCGAUUACGUGAAUUGAAAUGUGACUAGAAUGAUUUUCGUCGCUCGUACACAUUCCUGGCGUGCGAGGGCGCCACGGUAGCCGCUUUCGUACCGCAGUCAGAGAACUCGCUUUUGCUUCAAACCGCUGAGAUGGAUGUAGGAGCGUAGGGCAUUCGUAGAAGCGCGCGAGCACUCUAACGUGUGAUUAAGCAACUAGAGACGAAGAGAAACUUGAGAAAAAUGGGUUAGGGUUAUUGAACGUAACUGUACCGCUUUAGGUUUGUGCUGAUUAAUCAUAAUAUCUUAUAAGGAACAAACGCGUGUACGUAGUAGUCGUCUACGACCCACGGGUCGCGCGCGGUAGGUGGCGCCGGUGUCCGGCCUUUGCAUUGCCGUUCGAUUUGGCAGGCCAAUUCGUUCGCGGGUGUUUUUGGAGAAAGUUUUUUCGGCGUAGGGACGCCAUCUGCUGCCGGACCUCGCCCCCCGUUUUCCAGACUUCAGCGGGCAGACUGCAGACAAGAGACUAGCCUUCGUGACAGGUGGCGCUAGUAGUGGGCGUGCGCGUGAAUCGUGACGCUUUAGAAUGACGGUGUAUCUGUCGCAUUUGGAGACUCGCUGUCAGUAGCCUGUACUGCUUAGGGUCACUAACGGUACGCUACUGAAUGCACGACACGCACCCAUGAUACUCGUCUUCACUAUCGCGAUGUCUGUUGGCUGUAGGGCUUGCAGUCACUUUCUGUGGCCUGCCCGUCUGACGGAGCUGAACUUAAUACCCUGUUGGAUCAGUGAAGGGAUCUUUUUAUAUUCUGUGUUCUUCAUCUUUUUAGCAACUCUUUUUAAUGGAACUGUAAUGUGACAAACGAGAAAUCAGUGUAAGAAACUCAGUGUACUUAGUUGUGUAUCCAGUUUGCUUAUCUAGAGGGGCUCAUAAAGUCUGGGCGUUUGGUCGUUGCCCCUAGCAACGGCCACGUUGUCGGUCCUAGCAACAGCGUCAUGGCAUUCAUCUUGGGAUGUUUGAUUUCGUGGGAGACCGUGCAUCAUGUACAACGUGUGUGUGUUCGCUGGUAGCCUUGGCCUCAUAACGAAUAUCCUUCAUAGUCCAAGGGAGUGCAACGAGGAAAGAAAAAAUCUAAUAGAUGAUCAAAUUGACAGGUCAAUACUGUUGAUUGCACUAGUAGAGUUUUCAUUAUGAGUGAUCGACCUGUUCCUACGUGGAAAUUUGUUGCACGGUAAGGGAUUGAACGUGAUCCGGUUUUUCACAUGAACUUUUGGUUAUCAGUAAGUAAAGAAAGCUUAGGCUGUGGUAUAGCACUAGGAGUGUGAAGCUGGUUACAACUGUGAUGCUGUUGUUAGGGGGUCACGACGAAUGCUCAGACCAAACACUUCAAGAGCGUGAACAACUUUUUGUACAGGACAUUGCGUAAGGACCACAGAACUGUAUAACAUCGCGUGUUAAACGCUAUUACUGCUGCUGUUUGUUCCUGCUCCGUAUAGACGGAAACCACGAGGUUUCGUUAUCACUUAGUUGUGUCAGCCGAUCUUAUCGCAGUGACGCGUGCGGUUGUUUCAAUUUCACAAAAUCCUUCCGAUUUGGUUGUACGGUGGCCAAAUUGCGCAUUGAUGCACUAAUCGAUUUUCAUAAUUCCGCAAGAGAUUGUUAUAUAGAGUGCAAGGUUUUGGACAAGACUGCUUCCAUUGCAGUGUUAUCAACUUCAGCCUCAAAUGAAUAGGCCCCAGGUUAUACAGAGGUUUGAAUAUCGCAGACUUGCAACAGAUUCAAUAGUAAUCGACAGGAUUAAUUAGGGAAAAGGUUUUCCCCGGAGACAUUCCAAAAUCCAGACUUGCAGAGAUUGUGGCGACACCUGCAGGGCUGAAGUUGAACUAUGUGCUGUUUUUACAACCAAUGUCUCUGUACAACUAACGGUGUGGCUGGACUGAUGAAUAAAGAGGGUGCUGUUAUUGUAUUGAAA